GGGAGAAGGGGGAGAUAGGCAUGAGCGGAAAAAAAAAACAGUAACUACAACUAACCCAAGCUCCACAACUAAAACAACGGACUAUUGGCCGACUCACCACAGCUUCUCCCGCCGGUAAAGUCUUCCCAAACCUCUCGGACGUCCACUGGAACAAGUCAACAUAUUUCCAGGAUUGUCUACUACACAGAAUAUGACAGACACCUAGCAGCAGUGUCGGCAGGGAAAACCAUGGCGACGGCCUACCUGGACCCCAACCUGAACCAUGCCCUCCUGGGAGGCGCCAAAUCACGGCUAAGCGGGGGGGCGUCGGACCGAUCCAUGGCUGGCUCCGUGGACAGGGUUCUGAAAGUCUUCCAUCACUUCGAGACCAACACUGAACACAGCUGCUGGUCCUCCAAUAUCAGAUAUGGAGAUGCGACCGAUGUCAGGGGAAUCAUCCAGAAGAUUCUGGACAUCCACAAAGUGCGCUGGACGUCUUGUUUUGGCCUGCGUCUCAGCAACAGCCAAUCCAGAGACCAGGUGCACUGGCUCCACCCGGAUAUGGGCGUGUCCCACGUCAGAGAAAAUUAUGACCAGGCACGACCAAAUGAGGAGUGGAGGUAUGAGCUAAGGAUCCGGUAUCUUCCAAAGGGCUUUGUGCAGCAGUUUACAGAAGACAAACCUACACUCAACUACUUCUACCACCAGGUGAAGAAUGACUACAUGACUGAAAUUGGAGAACAGGUGGAACAAGAUGUUGCUCUAAAACUGGGCUGUCUAGAAAUCAGGAGGUUCUUCAAAGAGAUGAGAGGAAACGCCCUGGACAAGAAAUCCAACUAUGAACUAUUGGAGAAAGACGUUGGUUUGCGGCGUUUUUUCCCAAAAGACCUGUUGGAUUCAGUCAAGGCCAAAACUCUUCGAAAGCUGAUUCAGCAGACAUUCAAGCAGGUAGCCAAUCUCAACGACGAGCAGUGCAUCCUGAAGUUCUUGGAGAUACUCGCACCAAUCUAUCGCUACGACAAGGAGUGCUUCAAAUGUGCCCUCGGGUCCAGCUGGGUGAUCCAGGUGGAGUUAGCUAUCGGGCCAGAGGAAGGGAUCAGCUACCUCACUGACAAGGGAUCCACGCCCACCCAUCUAGCUAACUUUAACCAAGUUCAGUCCAUCCAGUACUCCGCCAUGGAGGAGAAGGACCGGAAAGGGAUGCUACAGCUCAACGUAGCCGGAGCUGCUGAGCCUCUAACAGUUACGACAGCAUCGCUGACCAUGGCGGAGAACUUGGCUGACUUGAUUGACGGCUACUGUCGGCUCAUCUCCAUGGAAACUCACUCUUUCAUCGUCAGAUUUCAGAAAGAGGGAGAGAGAGCUCUGCCUUCCAUCCCAAAAGUGUCCAACAAUGAGAAAAAGUUAGAAGCAGUCAGGAGUGGAGUGAGAGCCAUCUCUGUCUCAGAGGAUCUUAGUGGGGAUGAGACGGAUGACUAUGCUGAGAUAGUUGAUGAAGAGGACACAUACACCAUGCCCUCCACGCGGGAUUAUGAGAUCCAGAGGGACAGGAUAGAGUUGGGCCGCUGCAUAGGAGAGGGGCAGUUUGGAGAUGUCCACCAAGGAGUCUAUAACAGCCCGGACAAACCAUCUCUAGCUGUCGCCAUUAAGACGUGUAAGAACUGUACAUCCGACAGCGUCAGAGAAAAGUUCCUACAAGAAGCAUUGACAAUGCGUCAGUUUGACCACCCUCACAUUGUUAAGCUGAUCGGAGUGAUCACAGAAAACCCCGUGUGGAUCAUCAUGGAGCUGUGUACUCUGGGAGAGUUACGUUCCUUCCUUCAGGUGAGGAAGUACAACUUGGAUUUGGCCUCUCUCAUUUUGUUUGCCUACCAGCUCAGCAUGGCGCUCGCAUAUCUGGAGAGUAAACGCUUUGUUCACAGGGACAUAGCAGCACGCAAUGUUUUGGUCUCUACAGUCGACUGCGUGAUGCUCGGAGACUUUGGUCUGUCGCGAUACAUGGAGGACAGCUCUUACUACAAAGCUUCUAAAGGUAAACUUCCUAUCAAAUGGAUGGCUCCUGAAUCUAUCAACUUCAGAAGAUUCACCUCUGCCAGUGACGUCUGGAUGUUUGGUGUGUGCAUGUGGGAGAUCUUAAUGUUCGGCAUCAAGCCCUUCCAGGGAGUGAAGAACAACGACGUGAUUGGCAGAAUAGAGAACGGCGAGCGAUUGGCUAUGCCUCCUCAGUGCCCGCCCACCCUCUACAGUUUGAUGACCAAAUGUUGGUCGUAUGACCCCAGCAAGCGACCGCGAUUCACAGAACUCAAAACACAACUCAGCACCAUACUGGAGGAAGAGAAGCUUCAACAAGAGGAGAGAAUUCGAAUGGAGAUGAGGAGACAAAUCACCGUGUCCUGGGACUCUGGAGGGCCCGAUGAAGCACCGCCUAAACCCAGUAGACCAGGUUACCCAAGUCCUCGUUCCAGUGAAGGCUUCUUUUCCGGCCCCCAACUCAACCACUUCCCGCCGUCAGCCCAUGGUGGUGUAGGAGGAGUAGGGGGCAGCUACCCACCUAUUGAUACCUGGAAUCAACACAGACCUGAACACACUGCACUGUGGAGCCCUAACAUGGAGGACGAUGGAUGUGUAGGCCAUGCUGUGAUGGAGGAGAGGCUGAUGAUGCAGCAACAACAGAUGGAGGACGACCAGCGGUGGCUGGAGCAGGAGGAGAGCUUCAUGGUUAUGAAGGCAGAGUCCAGAAACAGCAGAGGAAGCAUCGACAGAGAAGACGGCACACUACAAGCACCGUGUGGAAACCAACAUAUUUACCAGCCUAUAGGGAAACCAGAACACGUGGCUCCUCCUAAGAAACCACCCCGCCCUGGAGCUCCUUGUCACCUAGGCAACCUGGCCAGUCUUUGCCCCAUUGACAGCUACAAUGAAGGGGUGAAGUUGCAGCCUCAGGAGAUCAGUCCCCCCCCCACGGCCAACUUGGAUCGCUCUAACGACAAAGUGUACGAGAACGUGACGGGAUUGGUCAAAGCUGUGAUUGAGAUGUCCAACAGGAUUCAGCCUGCGGCCCCAGAGGAGUACGUCCCCAUGGUCAAGGAGGUGGGACUGGCACUCAGGACUCUGCUAGCGACAGUGGACGAGACACUUCCUGUUCUGCCGGCCAGCACACACAGAGAGAUCGAGAUGGCCCAGAAGCUGUUGAAUUCAGAUCUGGCCGAGUUAAUAGCGAAGAUGAAACUGGCCCAGCAGUAUGUCAUGACAAGUUUACAAAAGGACUACAAGAAACAGAUGUUGAUGGCGGCCCACGCCCUCGCAGUCGACGCCAAGAACCUGCUGGAUGUCAUCGACCAAUCACGACUCAAGAUGAUCCGCCCGCAAUAGUGUCUGCUGCUGUGAAGAUGGAGUGUGCAGUAGCUCGUAGCCAAUCACAGAGAGAAGAGAACACUUAGAUCAGUGACGGACAGACGGAAUAAUGAAUUAACUGAUGGAUAGCAGACAUGACUGACUGAAACAAUCAGCUCCCUCAUCUCCUCCUUCAAUUCAUCGUUUCUUUUUUUUGCUCUCUGGCAACGGCGAUGUUUUGCUAAAUAUUUUCAUGUUUUGUACUUUUGUUGCAUUAUUUUGCUUUUGUAUCCAGAGAAAUGCUCUUGUCCUCCAUCAAGUAUCCUCAAAGAUGAUUUUUUUUUUUUUUUUUUUUUUUUUUAUCAUUCAAUACUACUUUUUAAUCUUUGAAGAGAGUGAAUCAAAGAAAGGUUUCAGAGGCUCACGUGAAGGACUGCAGAGAUAUUUUGGUGUUUGGACACACCAAAAUGUGCCACAUAAACCCGACUAACAGUCCCCACUUAUGAUGUAACAACUGGAACUGAAGAGCCAGGACGAGGAGGGUAAUGAAGAUGAUAUGAUAAUGUCGCUGUGUAAACAUGCUUUUAUAUCAUUAUUAAUUAUUACUAUUACUAUUUUCAGCCUUGACUCCUACAGUACGUCUGUGUUCAGUCUUCCUCUUGAAAAUUCAAUGGGCAAAAAUAAGUGAUUUACAGCUGCUCAUAACUGUCAUAACUUCAUCUCUUUUUUUUUUUGUUCACCUACUCUUUAGACCUCUAUCUCAGGCAUCAUGAGACAGAGGUCAUCAUGAGCAUAACAAUAAAAUAUGAAAGCUGUAUUUUGAAGAACAAAGAACAAAUGUCACAGGCCACUUUUUAAGUUAACUUUCAUCGUAAAUAUACAUAGAGGCUAUAUUUUUAACACGUUUCUGAGGCAUGAAUUGUUAGUGAAUAAGGGAGAAAGACAGAGGUGGGGGAAGGGGGAAUUUUUGAAGUUACAACGGUGGUCCUAAUUAUUAUGUACAGUAGGUAACUGCCAGAUGUACUGCAAAACACAAAAAAAGGAUUAUUUCCAUUAAAACGAUUUUUGUUUUAUUCAAUAAUUCUGCAUUUUUAGCAGCAACUCCCUUUUCAUUUUUGCAAAAGUUUCUACAAAAAUGUCAAAAUUCCCGGAUUAUUUUUUUUAAUUGUUUUGUAUAUUGAAGCAGAAUUCUGUUGUUGCAUCAAUUGAGUUGCAGGGUCCUUCAAUCCUCACAAAUGUUCACUCAAACAACAUCCAGUGGAAGCUUUCAGUUACGCCCAAAUUGGAUUUUCAGGAACAUUUAAAUAGUUUUUGGGGGAUUAAAAUUCUGUUUCAUAUUUAAAGUAGAAGAGGGGUUUGUGGCCAAAAUGGAGCACAGGUCCCGUCCUCUGGGUUUAUCUUGUAAAUUGUUCAUGUCCAACAUGAUUUGCAUUUGAUCUCCCUUCUAUCAGUCCUUCUGUGUUUCUUCUCCGUCUUUCUACCUUAUUUAUACUUUUAUCCCCCCCCCCCCCCCACACACACACACACACUUUUCCUCCCUCUGUUACUGCCCCUCCCUCCCCUCCCCCUCAUAUUGCUCUCCUCCCUCUCUGACUCUCUCUCCAUUCCACCGUUCGUUCUCUCCCCCCUGAGUUGAGCAAUAUUCUCAGGAAGGAGUCACAUGUACAGUUGCUAAACCAAGCAAAUAAAAACACUG